AUGGGGAACCCAAACGCCGCCAAACCCUCCGACCAAACUCCGGCGACCACCCAUUUCAGCCACCCACACCCACUGCAGCUGGUAGAUCCCCAAACCCUAACCCAAUUCUCCCACUGCUCCGCCUGCAAACUCGACUCCGGCGGCGCCGCCGCCGUCUACACCUGCAGACCCUGCAACUUUAUCCUCCACCAGAAAUGCUACGAGCUGCCGCAGAAAAUGAACCACCCGUACGACAAAACCCACGCCCUUGUUCUCCAGCCGCAGCCCGUCUACGCGGAAGGCGUCUUCCGGUGCGACGCCUGCGGGAAUCAGGGCGGCGGAUUUUCUUACACGUGCGGGCCCUGUGGCGUUGACCUCCACACGACAUGUGCAUUUCUUGCGGCGGAGUUGCCCCACCAUUGCCACCACCACCCGCUCAGCCUCACUUACUCGGCGCCUUACGAGGGGAACACGUUUUCUUGCGAUGUUUGCAAGAUGAUCACCUCCCAAACCUGGAUGUACCGCUGCAAUGGCUGCGAGUUCGAUGUCCACGUCACCUGUGUGGCGAAAGUAAUCCCGCCGCCGCGGCCCCAGAUUCAGCAGCAGGCGCCCCGGCCGAUGAUUACGGCGAGAUCGGUCAUUCCGCCGCCGCAGAACCCACAAAAUAUGGGAGCUUAUAAUAAUAUGCCGCAGCAGCAUCAGCAUGUGCCAAUUGGACAACCCCAUAAUCAGCAAUUUGUAGGAACCGGAACCCCUUAUCCGGCAGCUGGAGUGCCUAUUCAGCAUGGCAACUUUAAUCAACCGGGUAAUGUAGCUGCCGGACGGCCUGCUAGUGGAGGGGGCCAAAUCGUGGCUGGAGCGACGCAGGCGUUCUUCGGCGGCAUGCUCCAGGCGGCAGGGGGGGCUGUCAUCCAAGAACUCUUGGGUUUUGGCGGCGGCGGCGCUGGUGCUGGUCUGUUUCAACUAGAUGUUUUGGGAAUUGGAGGCGGCGGUGGUGGACUAUUCGAUGGAGGUGGAGACUGUGGCGGCGGCGGAGAAUUAUAA